AUGCCCGGGGCCGCCCACCCCGCGCCCGCCGCAGACGCCGCCCCGCGCUCCGCCCGCCCAUCUCCCCUCCCGGGGCUGAGGCCGGUGCCAGUGCCCGUGGGCGCCGCGGGCCGCCCUGCAGACGCGGCCCGGACCGGCGGAGGGACCCGGGGGCCAGGGCCCCUCGGCCAGGCGCUCCCCUCGCGACACACUCCGCCCGCGGAGGGGUCUCCUCCUCCCGUGGGCGCGAACACCAUGCGGGGGGCGGGCUGCGCCCCCGCGCUCUGCCUGCUGCUGAGCCUCCACGCCGCAGGGUGCUUUUCAGGAAAUGAUCACUUUUUGGAAAUUCAUCAGAAGAAGAGCGGAAAGUCAGCAUUCGUUUAUCACCAUGCACAAGAUAUUGAGAAGAGCCUGGAUGUAGCUCCACAAAAGAUAUAUAAACACAGCUACCACUCCUCUUCCAAAGCUCAGAUAAGCAAACGCCACCAAAUUGUUAACUCAGCAUACCCUAGACCUGCGGAUGACCCAUCGCUCAAUCUACUGGCCCUGGCUGGCCAAGAUCUUGAGGUGGAGAAUCUUCCAGUCCCGGCAGCAAAUGUAAUUGUGGUGACACUGCAAAUGGAUGUAAACAGGCUGAACGUGACCUUGCUUCAGAUAUUCCGCCAAGGAGUGGCUGCGGCAUUAGGCGUCUCCGCCCAGCAAGUCCACAUCAAUCGCCUCCUUGAAAAGAAGAACAGUGUUGAACUAUUUGUGUCUCCCGUAAACCAGAAAGCAGGAGUCUCCGAGGCUCUGCCCUCUGAGGAAGUGCUGCGCUCGCUUAAUAUCAAUGUUUUGCAUCAAAGUUUAUCUCAGUUUGGAAUUACGGAAGUCUCCCCUGAGAAAAAUGUUUUACAAGGGCAGCAUGAAGCGGACAAAAUCUGGAGCAAAGAAGGAUUUUAUGCUGUUGUCAUUUUUCUCAGCAUCUUUGUUAUUAUAGUAACGUGUUUGAUGAUUCUUUACAGAAUAAAAGAAAGGUUUCAGCUUUCCUUGAGACAAGAUAAGGAGAAAAAUCAGGAGAUCCAUCUGUCACCCAUCCCGUUACAGCCGGCACAGUCUGAGGGGAAGACGGUCAACAGCAUGGUCCAGCCUGAGCGGCCCCCGAGGGUACUGACUGUGGCCGUGGACCCUCAAGGCCGGUACGCUCCUGAGAUCAAAGCCACCGCCUCUGUCUGCCCUUCUCCUUUGAGAAUGAAGCCCAUAGGACUUCAGGAGAGACGAGGAUCCAACGUAUCUCUUACAUUGGACAUGAGCAGCUUGGGGAACAUCGAACCCUUUGUGGCUAUACCAACCCCACGGGAGAAGGUAGCAAUGGAGUAUCUGCAGUCAGCCAGCCGAAUUAUCACAAGGUCACAGCUGAGGGACGUUGUGGCAAGUUCACAUUUACUCCAAAGUGAAUUCAUGGAAAUACCAAUGAACUUUGUGGAUCCAAAAGAAAUUGACAUUCCACGUCAUGGAACUAAAAAUCGCUAUAAGACCAUUUUGCCAAAUCCCCUCAGCAGAGUGUGCUUAAGACCAAAGACUGUGACUGAUUCUCUGAGCACCUACAUUAACGCUAAUUAUAUUAGGGGCUACAGAGGCGAAGAGAAAGCAUUCAUCGCCACGCAGGGCCCCAUGAUCAACACCGUGAAUGAUUUCUGGCAGAUGGUUUGGCAGGAGGACAGUCCCGUGAUUGUUAUGAUCACAAAACUCAAAGAAAAAAAUGAGAAAUGCGUGCUCUACUGGCCAGAAAAGAGGGGCAUAUAUGGGAAAGUCGAGGUUCUGGUCGCCAGCGUAAAGGAAUGUGACAACUACACCGUUCGAAACCUUGUCUUAAAGCAAGGAAGUCACACCCAACAUGUGAAGCAUUACUGGUACACCUCGUGGCCCGACCACAAGACUCCAGACAGUGCCCAGCCCCUUCUUCAGCUCAUGCUGGAUGUAGAAGAAGACAGACUUGCUUCCUCGGGCCGAGGGCCUGUGGUUGUCCACUGCAGUGCGGGGAUAGGUAGGACGGGGUGUUUCAUCGCCACAUCCAUUGGCUGUCAACAGCUAAAAGAAGAAGGAACUGUCGACGCGCUCAGCAUCGUCUGCCAGCUUCGAGUAGACAGGGGCGGCAUGGUCCAGACCAGUGAGCAGUAUGAGUUUGUGCACCAUGCUCUCUGUCUGUACGAGAGCCGGCUUUCGGCAGAAACUGUCCAGUGAUUCUCUGAAGAUUCGCCCGACCGUCCAUCUCUGGGGGUGAGGAAUCAAUUACCCACCUGAGGCUUCUAGAAGGAGUUUCCUGAGGUGGAAGGAAGGAGAAGCCCCGACGCCACACUGCAGCACGGACUGUGGAAAACGGCAACAUAUUAGCGAUUGCCAGCCCUCGCGUAUGUGAGUGCAUUCGUGAGCCUCCCCACGCUAUGAUGGACGUCCCGAGCUGGUGGAGGUGUGACAAUGUCUCACACAGCUGUGCAGGAUUCUGUUUUGUGUCCUGACACCUGCCACACAGAGUGUGUGUAUGAAAUGCUCGGUGACACGUGUUGUCCGGUGACAACGGGAAGAGCUGCUGGAAAGAGGAUGCUUGUCUGUGUAGACGCUUCCGUGUUUGCAAACCUGCCUAUGAACAGACGUCAGCCAGUCACGCCCCUGUCCCCAGUGCUGUCACCUUCCUCAGUUACCAGAGUCUUGCCACUGAAGGUGCAAGCAAUUGAUGACAGAUUUUUAACAAAU